GUGCGAGCCAACGGGCUGGUCAAAAAAUUAAUUUAAAUUCGAACUGGUCAAAUCAUUUAGAGGAAGCCAAAAAUUUUAAUAAUCAGAUCUGCCACUGAUAUUUUAAUUAAAUAACUUCAAUUCAAUCUCUCGGCGCGAGUUAUUAAAAGUGCUUCAUUUUCAAUUAAAUGUCUGCGACAAGAAACAUAAUAUAAAUCAGUAUGUUGCAUUUAGAAAAUUAAAAGGUUUAAAUUUUUCGCUAUAAGUAAGAAGAGAGCAUUGCUCGUGUACCGUUUAUUUCCAUUGCUCCACAUCACUCCUUCUUUGUGAUUGCGAAUAAGACGAUUUUCGGACGCACUGCGUGGGGUGUCUGUUGGCCUUAUUGGCCGCCUCUCGCAGCAUCUCCAUGGAGACGCCAAACAACAAUGGCCCCAAACUCCGCCCAAAGGCCAUCGAGAGCUUCAGAAGAGUUUUACCUCCAAGAACCUGUGCAGUCGGAGUUAAUUUCCCAAACACUUCAAGAAGACAGGACCCAAAUCGGUGCUAUGAGCGGUGGGACGGUUGACAAAUCGCCGCUGGUCAUGCGGCCGGAUAUAAUGGUCGGCAGCUCCAGUUUGUCCAGCGACCACCGCUGGCUCUUCACCCCCCAAGAUGCUCCUCUGGAUCUGCGACUUCGGCCUGCAAAAAGCGGACGCACAAUGCUUCCCUGCGAAGUUUGUGCGAAAACAUUUGACCGGCCAUCUUUACUCAAACGCCAUAUGAGAACACAUACAGGUGAGCGUCCUCACGGCUGCGACGUGUGUCACAAACGCUUCAGCACAUCCAGCUCGCUGAAUACGCACCGUCGCAUCCACAGCGGCGAAAAGCCACACGCAUGUUCAGUUUGCGGAAAGCGAUUUACGGCGUCGUCCAACCUGUAUUACCAUCGCAUGACGCACACCAAGGAGAAGCCGCACAAGUGCCGCUUGUGCCUCAAGUCGUUCCCGACGCCGGGUGACCUGCGCAGCCACCAGUACGUGCACAGCGGCGCCUGGCCUUUCCGAUGUGCCGCCUGCGGCCGCGGCUUCAGCAAGCUGACCAACCUGCGCAACCACGCGCUCCUCCACACCGGCGACCGGCCGCACGCCUGCCUCAUCUGCGCCAAGCGCUUCGCACUCGCGUGCAACCUGCGCGCACACCUCAAGACGCACGCACAGCAACAGGAGCAGCAGCAGAACGUGGACAAAUGGAGACAGCAACAACAGCAACACGAGCAAGAACAGCAACAAUUUGCCAUGCAAAAAAUGGUUUUGGAAGCGCAACUAAUCAUGGCUGUUCUUCAACGCACUGAAGUGCAACCUACUUAAUCAACACGCAAGUUCGAUCAAAGCAUAAAUUAUAAUUAAAAUAUAUGUUAAAAGAUAACCUUUUUGUGUAAUGUGUCAUGUGAUCUUCCAUAGUUUAAUCAUACCACUAGAGAAAAUGUGUUUGAUAACGCGUAUAUCCUGCGUAAGUCUAGUUCUAGUGAGGGCCGUGUGCAAGUUAUAAUGUGGGUAGCUACAUGUUUGUUGCUAAUAAAUAUCAAUGAAUAUGAAUACAUUAAAACGUGACGGUU